AUGACCAUGUGUCCCAAGUGCCGGACGAUGAUCUAUGACGAGGAGAUUAUGGCCGGCUGGAAGGUUUUUACUCGAAAUAUCAAGAAGAAUGAUUGGAAUUGAACUUUUCAGGUGGAUGAUCAAAAUUUGAACACGGUCUGCCCGCAUUGCUGUGAUGAAAGCAGUGAGGAGGUGAAGAAAAAAAAAGAAAAAUCGAGGAAAAAAUAUGAAAUUCAUAUGUAAAACUUUCUAUUUUUUUUGUUUCUGUGAGGCGUAUUCUGAGAAUUUUUCUAGUCAGUUAAGGGAAAUAUUUCUUUCUCACAAAGUUAAAAAUUUUCAAAAAGUCGAUUUUGAGAAAAAAAUGGAAUGAACAGGUUUUUAUUGGAUGAAAAAUUUGAAAAAAUUACAAAAAUGAAUGAUUCAAAAAAAAGUCUAAUUUGUUUUUUUUCUAGCUUCAAAAUUGAGUCUAGAAGUUGGUUCUGGAAUUUAUUAGAGUUAUAUCAAUUUUCCUACGAGAAAUUUAGAAGCUUACCAGUUUUUUUGAUGAGUUUGAAAAACAUGAGAAAAACACUGUUUUUGUUUAAAUCGAACUUUUUGAAAAUGAAAGUUUUUUUUGAAUUUUGUAACAUAAGGACAUUAAAAAUACUUGAAUAAUUUUCUUAAUUUCAUUUUUUCCAGGCCUUCCCACCUCGUCUGACGGUCCGGAUGAGGUACAGACCUCUGCCGGUGAACAGUUGGUACACGCCUGGCGGAUUGCCAACUUCUCAACAAAAUGUUCGAUGAAAAGAAAAGAAAAAAAUAAAAGGAUUUUUGAUCAUUAAGACGCCAGAAAAGACGAUUUCCGAAGAGCUACCAUCGAUUUCGGUGGCCUUUGUCAGUCCUUUGGUCCUUCGAAGGGAGUUGGAAACCUUGCUUUCCGUUGAUCGGGAUGCUUUGAAGGUAAAAUUUCGAAUAAUGAAGAAAUGGAAGCCCAAUGAAAAGCAAACGUUACAAUCGGCCUUCAAAGUUCCAUUCCCUUUUUUUUUUAUUUGAAAAUGAGGGUGGAAAAAGGCUCCCCAGAAAUGUUCCUUUUGGGGUGAGAAAAGUCCCCUUUUUGCUGACUUUUUGCGUUAUUUAAUGGCUUCUUAUGCACAUGUUUUGCUGCCUCUCCCUUUUCUACCAUUUCUUGAGCCUUUAAAUAUCUAGAAAAAAUGAAAGGCUCGAUAAAGGGACUCUUUUUGCUGCCUCUUUGCGGCCUUUUCUGAGCCACUCCCUUUUAGCGGCCGUUAUCCACCAUUCCGACUUUGUUCGAGAAACUGGCUUUUGAAAAAAAAACGAAGCUCAGGUUUUUGAGAACAGCAUACUUUUUAAUGAGAAAUAUAGUUCUAAAAAAAUUCAAAAAAAUAACAAGGAAAUGAGCAAAAAAAUUCAAAAUAAGUUUUUUUUCUCAUAAUAUUUAUUAGUUUCGCUUAAAGAACCGCCCUCUUCUGAUUACGAAGCACUUUUUUUCGAAAUCAAUAAUUUAAUUUUUUUGUAAAUGUAUCACGAUUCCGGUGAAUAAUACCCUUAAAGCUUCCAUUAAAAUAUAAAAAAAUUACACCUUAAUUUGAAUUGAAAAAUUUUUCUGAAAACCUUGAGAAUCUAACAUUUUUUUUCCAGGAAUCUUCCUUGAUGGAUUCCCAUCCGAUCGUCUUCUGGAACCUCAUCUAUUAUAUGCGGCGCCUCGCUUUGCCAACCCAUCUUUAUAGGUUUCUGAGAUUUUUUUGUAUAGUUUGCAAAGUUUGUAAAUGUUCUUGUUCUGUGAACCAUUAAAAAAAUUUAAAAAGAAAAAAAUUUUUUUAUUAGAAACAUUUUUUUAACUGGAAAAUGUACUUCUCUCGUGAAUUCUCGGAAAAAUUAAUAUUUCAAUUUUUCUUCAUUUUUCAGAGCUUGGAAAUGUUCAUUUCUGUUAAUUUUCUGAGGAAAGAAGUUCAAAAAUCUGAAAAAAGGUUAAAGAAACUUUUUCUUUCACUUCUAAAAAGCUUUGUCGUUUUUUUGUUGGGGAAAAAAAGAUAGAAAUUAAAUUUCUUUUUUUCAUUCUGAGAGCUUGAAAAAUACUUUUUAUCUUUCAAGUUUUCUGAAAAACAAGUUAAGGAAACUUCUGCUCUUUUUUGAAAGCUUGAUAAUAUUCUCAUUCUGUGAAAUUUUUUUAAAGAACUUCAUUAAAUUUUUUCAUAGUUUCAUUCAUUCUUGAAAGCUUCGAAAUUUUAUAAUUAUAGUUAAUUUGCAGUUGGAUCACCCCUCGCCACCAUAUCCGCUGUGCCUAUGACAUCCCCUCAGAACACGUUGAUGUGGCGCCUUUGUACUUCCUGAACCCCAACAAUCCGGUAAUUACCUGGCUUAUAACCAAGCCCCCUAAUUGGCUCGUUUAGUACCACACGACGGCGAAAAUCGCCCCUAGUUUGAACGCCUGGAACUCGGUCACAACUUCCGUAGAGAAUAAUCAGCUUUUCAAGGUGAAAAAAAAAUUCCUCUUUCAAAAAAAAAAAAAUGAAAACAUAGCUAGAAAUGAUAAAUCUACAAAGAAAACCUUUUAAAAAGUAUAAUUUCGAGUUUUUUGAUCGAAAAUCUUCGUGUAACGAAGGAUCAGAAGCUGCUGAAGAGACGCCAGAGAAAAGGAGAGUUUUCCAGCUUUUCUGCCGUCUCUUCAGUCCGUCGUUGAUCUCUCGCUUCAUGUACUUUUGAAAUUCCAAAAAAGAAAGUUGAGUUAUUAAAAAAAAUUGAAAGGAGUCUUUGGAUUUUUUGAAAAUUUAGACCUUGUAAAAAGCAUAAUUUCGAGUUUUUUGAUCGAAAAUCUUCGUGUGACGAAAGAUCAGAAGCUGCUGAAGAGACGCCAGAGAAAAAGAUUUUUUCUAACUUCUCUGGCGUCUCUUCAGACCGCAGUUGUUCUCUCGCUUCAUGAACUGAUGGAAAAUUUUCAGUUUUCGGCGUUUUUCAAGACUUGAAAUUUAAGCUUUUUUGGCAUACUUUAAGUCAAAAAAGGCUUCAGUUGUUGAAAAAAACCAAUAGGAUUUAAAAAUAAAUGGACUCCAAAAAUUUGAUUUGAUUGGGUAUUCUUUAUCUCGUGAACCUACGGGUUAUUUUUCAUCUGAUCUUAUCGGUUAGGGAAAAGAGUGUGCAGACACGUGAUAAUCAUUUUAAACAGAGGCGAAUGAAAAGAUACCUUUUUAGGCUAUCCAAACUCUGAUCAACGAGUCUCGGAAAGUGACCAGUCAGGGACAAGUUACCGUCGGACCUCAUUUCCCGAUAUUCCGGUGCCUCAUUUCCAUUUCAAGAGGAGAAAUCCAUGUUUUCCGUCUUCAGAGACAUCCAGUUCGCCUCCCUGGACCUUAUUCGGGCGAGCCCUCCUCCGGGACAGCCUCGACAACCAGUACGACACGGAGUGCAGCAAACUGCCGCCGAAAAUCGCCGGGAUCCUCCCGAUGCAGGACCACCCGUUGUCCCAAGUCACCCGCGCCUGCCGAAAAGUCUUCAUGCCAUUGGACCUCGUCUAGUCCUUCCCCCAUUGUCUGUACCUAUUUUGUAUCAUACCUGGCCUUUUUUCUGA